AUGAUAAUUGUGGGAGACAGUCUUCAUAAUUUUGUCGAUGGCCUGGUUGUCGGGGCGGCCUUCUCUUCUUCAGCUGAGACUGGCAUGGCAACUACUGUGGCCAUCCUGUGUCAUGAAAUCCCACAUGAGAUAGGAGACUUUGCGGUGUUACUUAGCUCUGGGCUCUCGGUAAAAACUGCUGUGCUGGUGAACUUCCUCAGCGCUCUGACAGCGUUUCUCGGCCUCUACAUUGGACUUUUUGUGUCCUCUGAGACAGAAGUGCAGCAGUGGAUCUUCUCUGUGACCGCAGGGAUAUUUCUCUAUUUGUCACUGGUGGAAAUGCUUCCAGAGAUGAGUCGAGUGAAGACAGACAGGCCAGGUCUUGUUUUUCUCCUGCAGAACCUUGGGCUCCUGAUGGGUUGGACCUGCCUUCUGUUGCUUGCGUUCUUCGAACAUGAGCUCAAAUUCUGAAUGCAGCGUACAACUCCUACACAAUAUUUGACUUGAUUAUCAUCUGCUCUUCACAGCUGCAAGCAUUAGUUU